CCCCGCCCCGGAAGAUAAGGCGACUCGCGGGUGCCGCAUUUCCUCUUUUGGCCGCGCUCGGUAGCAGACCAGCCGUCAUGGGCCGAGUGAUCCGUGGACAGAGAAAGGGUGCCGGCUCCGUGUUCCGCGCGCACGUGAAACACCGCAAGGGCGCCGCACGUUUGCGCGCAGUGGACUUCGCAGAGCGACACGGUUACAUCAAAGGCAUCGUGAAGGACAUUAUCCACGACCCGGGCCGCGGCGCGCCCCUCGCCAAGGUCGUCUUCCGGGAUCCCUACCGGUUUAAAAAGCGGACGGAGCUGUUCAUCGCCGCCGAGGGCAUCCACACAGGCCAGUUCGUGUACUGCGGAAAGAAGGCCCAGCUCAAUAUUGGCAAUGUUCUCCCUGUGGGAACCAUGCCUGAGGGUACGAUUGUGUGUUGCCUGGAGGAGAAGCCUGGGGACCGGGGCAAGCUGGCCCGAGCCUCCGGUAACUAUGCCACGGUCAUCUCUCACAAUCCUGAGACCAAGAAGACUCGUGUGAAGCUGCCCUCUGGCUCCAAAAAGGUCAUUUCCUCGGCCAACAGAGCUGUUGUCGGUGUGGUGGCUGGAGGUGGCAGAAUUGACAAACCUAUCUUGAAAGCUGGUCGUGCCUACCACAAGUAUAAGGCAAAGAGGAACUGCUGGCCUCGUGUACGGGGUGUGGCCAUGAAUCCUGUAGAACAUCCCUUCGGAGGAGGUAACCACCAGCAUAUUGGCAAACCCUCCACCAUCCGCCGAGAUGCUCCUGCUGGCCGCAAAGUGGGUCUCAUUGCUGCCCGCCGGACUGGGCGACUCCGUGGAACCAAGACCGUGCAGGAAAAAGAGAACUAGGCCUGAGGGGCUCAAUAAAGUUUGUCCUUUUGCUGUU